ACUAGAUGUAAAUAUAACAAAACAAUUGUUUUUAAAAUAUAUUUUAUAUUAUAAUACGAUCAUCGACCAUGAGUGGAGGUUUAGUACCAAGUAAAAGUACUGUAUACGUUUCAAAUUUACCUUUUGAUUUAAAAAAUAAUGAUAUUCAUAAAUUGUUUGAAAAACAUGGGAAAAUUGUAAAAGUAACUGUUUUGAAAGAAAGAGAUACAAGAAGGAGUAAAGGAGUUGCUUUUAUAUUAUUUUUGAAACCGGAAGAUGCAGCAAAUUGUGUUGAUGAAAUUAACUUGAAAGAAAUGUUUGGAAGGACUUUAAAGGCGAGUAUUGCCAAAGAUAAUGGGAGAACAAAGGAAUUUAUUCGAAGAAAGGAGUAUCCAAAUAAAACAAUGUGUUAUGAAUGUGGAGAGUAUGGUCAUUUAAGCUAUAAAUGUGAGAAAAAUUUACUUGGUGAAAGGGAACCUCCACCCAAAAAAAUUAGAAAAAGGAAGAAAAGAAAUGAAACAUCCAACAAGUUAACUAAGGAGCAAAAGGAAUACUUUGACACUAGUGAUGAGGAUAGAGGUAAUAAUGAUGAAAACGAUGAGGAAGAGGAAGCAGUUGAUGAUUGUGAAACAUUAAGUGCUGCUAUAGCUUUAGAACACGAAAAAUAUGAACUAGAGGAUUAUAGGUAUAAAGUUGCCACAGGAAAUUAUUGUCCAGUCGAAGAAAACAGUUUGAACAAGAUACCUAGAAAGAAAAUUAAGAAAAGUGAAUAUUUUAGUGAUGAAGACGAAAGUGAUUAAUAUUUUAAUUUUUUAUCAUUAUAUAUUUCUCGAAAUGGAACUUAACUGUAAGAUUUUGUUCAGUAUGUUUAAAAUAAAUACUAUAAUCAAGAA